CUCCCCGCCCUACGCCUUUUUGAGAGUGAUUCCUUCAUUGGUUCUCACUCGAACAUCCUCUAUUCGUUCCAGACUGUCUCGUCGAGGACGCAUCCAUCUUUUCAUUGCCGCGAGGGGAGGCCUGACACGCCUACACGCUCCGGUCUUUCCAGCAGGAGCAGUGGCCCGGUGGCAAAGGCUGCUGAGCACACGCCCUGUCUCGCUGGCCGGGUUGACCCGGGUCAGCCCCGCGCCUCGCCUCCCCGCCGACACGUACGAGACGCUCCCACGCCUGGAGCACAUCGGGGGCCACAACCGAUAGGCAGAGGCAAGUCGAGACGAUGCCGAUAGCAACGAACUCGAGGACGAGGUUCAAGAAGCUUUCAUACAAGGCGCCGGUCAUCGUUCAUCGUGGUAACCUACAACAAAGUGCGCAACAAGUCGAAGUCGAAGGUCUCGAUGAGCAUGACACACCGAAUCUGGGGGUGGACCUCUCAGAGGUAACGGAGCAUCACUUGCAAGCCGCCCUCUCGUCCACACAAUUAGCAGCGGAAGGAGACAAGUCCAUCUCGGCAAAGCCCGCCUAUCACAUCCCUACGCCAGAUGCAAAGCAAGUCCUCGACUCAAAGGUCUAUGCUGAGCUCUAUCGGCCAGGCGCCUACCAAGAUCCUGUUACAUACGUGCGCUCUUCAUCGACAGUAGAAGAUGCCAUCAAGGGGCCUUCGUACAACCUUGACGAGGAUGAUCAGGAGUGGCUCGAAGCCAGGAACGAGAAGGCGAAGGAGGCGGCAGCAGCAGCAUUGAAGGACAUGAAGCCGGCCCUUCUCGCGAAGCUCACCGGUGGGGUCAGUGCCAAAGGCAAGAACCGUGAACAGACUCCAGCUCAACUCGCUGCUGCCCUGGGAGAAGAGAAUGUGGAAUACCGGAUUAUCAGCGAGGAUGAGAUGGAGAUGGUCAUGACGGUCUUCGAGCAGGUCACAUCCGAGCGAGUGCCAUUUGCCCACGUCGACAGGAGUCAACUACCAUCGCAAGAAGACCUUCUCACCGCCUUCGAAGGUGAAUCUUCGGUAGCGAAGCUUGCACUACCAGAGUUACCAGAGCUGUCUUGGGAGAAGGAGGCAUCGACAUCAGCAAAAGGCAUCAAGAAGCCUCAAACUGUCGAGUGGUCUCCUGCAAAUCCGUGGCACAAUCUCUCUGCCCUCAAAUUGAUCGCCCCCAUUCUCUAUCCAUGGUGGAAGGAGCGACGAGAGGAAAGGCAGGGUAAGCUCAUUAUCCCUCAGCUCAACUUCGACGAGUCGAACGACAGCGAUCCAUAUGUCUGCUUCCGGAGAAGAGAGGUCAAGCUGACCAGGAAAACCAGAAAGACGGACGUUCUGCAUCUCGAGAAGCUGCUCAAGCUCCGAAUCGAGAUGGACCAUGCCGUUGAGAUGCUGCAGAAUAUUGCUCAGAGGGAGAAAACGAAGCGAGCCAGUCUGGGACAGGACCGGACGCUAUGGGAUGCCACGAAGGAUCUGCAAGAUGUCAAGCGAGCCUGGGGCAUUGCUGGACCAAACGCUGGUCAAGACGACGAAGACCUCAUCUCAGGCGAGAAGCGAGACGAAGCAGGCUAUGGAGUUGGAGCGGCACCUCGCAAGAAGCGAAGGACGGAAGAAGCGGCUGCCGCUGCUGCUGCAGCUGCUUCGGCGGCUGCCACAGCUGCAGUCUCGAGCUCGAAAGGUCCGAAGCGCCCGCGUCCGAGCGUCGAGCCGGGAUCUACGACUGCGACAGCCGGAUCACCAGUGGCAGCGCCAAGCCUGGGUCAGGCCAUCAUGGAGCGAGCCCAGGCAGUACAAGCUUACAUCGAGAGAGAAUGUCUGCGCAGGGCCGAGACGGACGUCGGGUGGGAGGAAGGAAGCGAUGCAGCUUACCAACCGGUACCCGCACCUGCCAACAUCCGCAAUUUUCGGCCCAUCCAGUCAGACGCCGCCGAUGUACCUCCUUUCGCUUCUGCCCCUACUCUACGCUCUGGGCGGCCUCCUUCCUUCCGCAGGAGAUUGGCUCGAGGUGGCAGAGUGUUCUUGGAUAGGCGGAUGUUGGCGCCAAGUCCAGUACCCGCUAAUCUGGCUGAAUGGCCUUCUCGACGCGACGCUCCCUCACUUGUAAAUCAGCGACGAACGACAACGGCCUCUUCUUCAUUGUCUUCUGCAAGAGCAGCAAGGUUCGGACAAGUGCAGCAGCCCGAAGUCCUUACAGGUCCCUUUGCCUUUGCCUCGGAUCUGCGGCCGAGCUUGCUCAGUACUCUCGCCCAACCCUCUGCAGACGACAGAGGCCGCUCCUUCGUCCCGCUACCGGCAUCCCACUCUCCACACUCGGAUGCCGCUAGCGACUCGUCGCAGUCGACAGACCGAUCCAAGACCUCAACAGCGACGUCAGGCGCCGCCUCGACUGUUCUCACCGAGGUGGAGGAAAUGGACGAAGAUGUGCGCGAAGAUGCCGAGAAUAAGCAGUCGCAUCGCUACAUGGCCUCUUCGGACGAGGAGUCAUCUGAUGACGAAGAGGAUGAGGCCCACAUCGAGGAGCGGAAGCGUGUUCAGCAAGAGAGGUGGAGAUACGACGACGAAUCUGGUCACUGGGCCGGACUUGGUCUCUACGGUCUCGGAGGCAUGGAGGAUGACGAUGAGGCCGUCCUCGAUGACUUUGACCAGCGCUUCAUGAAGUACCGGAUGACACUGCUGGAGGAGGAAGACUUUGUGAAGCUCUCUACAGACUGGACUCACGUCAUGCAGGCACAAAUGGCGAUCGACUGUCCACCUCCGGCACCAAACGUGAGCGUUGUGGGACCGACUGCCGCUCAGGCUCAGCAGCAACAUGCAGCGGCUACGGCAGCAGCUGCUGCUGCGCAAGAAGCUCGUCGAGGUAGCGCAGAGGCCAAUGGGCCAAAGAGUGCUGGUGCGGCAGGUAGCAAUGGUAGCCGGCCGAAUGCAACGCCAAACGCGCAAGCCGUGCAGGCAGCUCAAAUGCAAGCAGCUCAGCAGCAUGCACAGCUUCGUCAGCAGCAGGCAGCUGCCAUUGCAGCAGCUACAGCCGCUGGUGCUGGUGGUCUGGGCUCGUUGUCGGGCAGUGUUUCUAUGCUUCCGCCCAACGUUCCCGCGAUGACCGCUCUUCCACCGACUUCUUCAUCGGCCGUCGCUGCUCGCGCUGCUCAGACGAAUGUAGGCGGACCGCUCUCGGCUCUUCAGCAGCAACAGCAGAUACAUCAAGCUCAAGUACAAUUAGCAUUUCAGCAACAUCAACAACAGCAGAGGCAGGCGGCAGCAGCUGCAGCAGCUGCGCAGGCUCAGGCUCAAGCGCAAGGGCGAUCUUCGCCGAACUUAGCUCAACAACAGCCUGGCACUGCAAACCGAGCCCGCAUGUUGUCGUCCUCAUCGGGCGGACAGCCAGCUCACGCACAUCCUCUUGCUCAGAAUUUCGCCAACGGGAACGCCGGCUCAUCGUCUCCCUUGAAUGCGCAGAACGGCCAGGCGCGCUUUGCGAGCAAUCCCGGAUUCAACGGUAUCUCUGGUCCCAAUACGGCUGCCAGCAGUCCGCAAAUGCAAGCGGCUAUAGCCAAUGGCAGCCCGCCUUCUGGCUCAUCACCGUUGAUGCAACAUCAGGGCCAAUUCCAGUCUCAAGCAGGAAACCAACAGCUUCGCCUUCCUCAGGGUUCCUUCCAACAGCAGCAGCCGCAGGUUCCUCAGCAGCCAUUUAACAACGCUGCGAUGCAACAUGCCAACAGUCUUGCACAGCUGCAACAGCAGUUGGCUGCGAUGCAGGCUGUUCAGGCUGCUGGUGCAGGUGGAGCAGCUGCUGGUGGAGCAAACGGCAUGAGCGGGCCGAGUGCUGCACAGUUGAUGGCAAUGAAGGCUGCUCUGAUGAACAGCCAAAAUCAGAACCUCCAACUGAAGCUGCCUGCCAACAGAGCUUUGCAGAUCAAUGGAGGAGUCAACGGAGGUGGCGGCCCGAACGGAGGGGCUGGAGGGUCAGGCGCACCAAACGGCUCAGGGUGAAUCAACCGAGCAAAAUGUCAUCCACCAGCUACUCUGUUCUUGUACAUGCAUUCCGGCUAGACGUCCAUCCACUCUUCUCCUUUCCUUCCCACACCUUUGUACCCCUCACUCCUCCCAUCAUGCAGUCGCUGCUGUCACUCGCCCCUCCUUGCUGCAGUCUCGCUCUAGCCCUCACCUCUCCUGCCCCUCCCACCACUUUUCCAUCUAUCGCGUCUCUUUUCCUCUUUGCGUCACAUACAUGAAUGAAAGAAGACUUUUGAGGAGGGGGUGAACGAUACCCCUUUGUACUUGUAUA